UCUCUCAAUAUCUCUUUAAAUUUUGAAGCUUUAGAAAUUUUUGAUGGUUGUUUUCAGUUGCCUGCAGAACAAAUACACCACCGCAGAUCAAAAUCAAGCCUUCACAAGCGGUUUUCGAGGCAGUUUUGUAACUGGUCAGUUUAAGUUUUAGGUUGCAAAAGGUGGGCAGAAACGAGUUUGUGACAUUGAAUUUUAAGGAAUUGCUGUUAGUUUAUUAGAAAAAUGAGAGAUUUUCCAUCUUGUUUUGGUGAAAAUGGGGUGCAAGUUGCUGAUUCUUCAUUAUCAAAUACUAGUAAAAAUGCACAGAAUUUAGUUACUUGUGUUUAUCAAUGUCGAAUCCGCGGUAGGUCUUGUUUAAUAACUGUUUCUUGGAGCAAGAAUUUGAUGGGGCAAGGCUUAAGUGUAUGUGUUGAUGAUUCUGCAAAUCAAUGUCUUUGUAAGGUUGAUAUAAAGCCCUGGUUGUUCUCUAAGAGAAAAGGGUCAAAGAGUUUAGAGGCAUAUUCUUGUAAAAUAGACAUAUACUGGGACCUUUCUUCGGGGAAAUUUGGAUCUGGACCUGAACCUUUGGAAGGGUUUUAUGUUGGUGUUGUUGCCAAUAAGCAAAUGGUCUUGCUUCUUGGGGACAUGAGGAAAGAAGCUUAUAAGAAGACUGGUGCAAUUCCUGUUCCUACUACAGCCAUUUUUGUGGCCAAGAAGGAGCAUGUUUUUGGCAAGAGGGUAUUUGGUACCAAGGCACAGUUUUGUGAUAAUGGUCAAAUUCAUGAUCUGAUAAUCGCAUGUGACAUGAUUGAUGUGAACGACCCCUGCCUGAUAAUUCGCUUGGAUGGAAAGGCUUUGAUGCAAGUGAAGCGGCUAAGAUGGAAGUUCCGAGGAAACCAUACCAUUUUGGUUGAUGGAAUGGCUGUAGAAGUUUACUGGGAUGUGCAUAAUUGGCUCUUUGGAACAUCACUUGGAAAUGCUGUUUUUAUGUUCAAGACAUUCCUUGCUGCAGAAGAGAAGUUGUGGGUUAGCCAACCAAUCCCUAAUCCAACUUCAUUGCAAUGGUCUUUCUCACAAAGAUUUCAGGACUCCAAGUCACAGAAUCUUGGCUUUUCACUGGUUUUGUAUGCUUGGAAGAAUGAGUAGAGAGAUUGUGGAACUCUCUCAACACUCAAGUGCUAACAAAAACCUUUAGUGAGUGGUGAUCUUUAUCUACUCUGUGAUUAC